CCAUUCCUGGUCCUAAUGUGAAUCUGUAAUAUGACAAUGAAUGACUGGUUGCUGGUUGAGAAAUGUGGACAUGUAAUGUGUAAAAUUAGUCAUUUUAUUUGGUAAAAUCGUAGUUAUUUACGUAUCUGGAAAUAUUAUUUCGCCGUUGUAAAUUAUUCUUGUAGUUUUGUUUUGCGAUAAAAAACACCUCGAGAGAUGAGUGUAGAUACGUAUGGGCCCAGUUCUCAAACUCUUACGUUUCUGGAUACCGAAGAAUCGGAUCUGAUAGGAGCUGACACUCAAGGUUCUGAAUUCGAUUUCACCGAAUUCACAUUACCAUCGCAAAGUCAAACGCAAUCUUCGCAAGUUGAAUCGACACCUGGGCAAAUACACUUGAACGGUAAACUGAAUGGAGAUGUGAAAAGUGACGGUGUAUCAGCAGUUAGUCAAAAAUUAGGCGAACUACAGUUCGAAGAAGAAGAAGAAGAUGCGUAUUAUAAUAAAGAGUUACCCGCAUUCGCUUGUAAAUAUUGCGCCAUUCAUGAUCCUAGCUGUGUCGUGAUGUGUAACAUAUGUAAAAAAUGGUUUUGCAAUGGUCGCGGAAAUACUUGCGGGUCGCAUAUUGUUAACCAUUUAGUUCGAGCCAAGCAUAAGGAAGUAACUCUUCAUAAAGAUGGUCCUUUGGGAGAAACUGUCCUAGAAUGUUAUGCUUGCGGUAUGCGAAAUGCCUUCGUUUUAGGGUUCAUACCUGCUAAAGCGGAUUCGGUCGUGGUGCUGUUGUGUCGUCAACCUUGCGCUGCUCAAAAUUCUCUCAAAGAUAUGAACUGGGAUCAGGAACAAUGGAAACCGUUGAUAGAAGAUCGAUGUUUCUUAUCGUGGCUAGUAAAAAUACCGGCUGAUCAAGAUCAACUCAGAGCUCGUCAAGUAACAUCGGCUCAAAUAUCUAAACUAGAAGAACUGUGGAAGGAUAACAUCGAUGCCACAAUCUCUGAUUUAGAAAAACCAGGAAUCGACGUUGAACCUCAACAAGUACUUUUAAGAUACGAAGAUGGAUAUCAAUAUCAGAAUAUUUUCGGUCCCUUGGUUAAAUUGGAAGCGGACUACGAUAAGAGGUUGAAGGAAUCCCAAACUCAGGAUAAUAUCACCGUUCGUUGGGAGGUUUUGUUGAAUAAAAAAGUGGUAGCUUACUUUAAUCUCGCUAAAACUGACGGAGAUAUGAAAUUGAUGCACGGUGAUGAGCUGAGAUUACGAUAUAUGGGAGAAGUAACCAAGCCUUGGUCUGGAGUCGGCCAUGUUAUCAAGAUACCGGAUAAUUUCGGCGAAGAAGUUGGCCUAGAGAUGAAAACUAGCCAAGGAAUACCUUUCGAAUCUACUAGUAAAUUCGUAGUAGAUUUUAUUUGGAAAUCGACGUCAUUCGACAGAAUGCAACAAGCUUUGAGGAAAUUUGCUAUUGACGACACUUCUGUUUCCGCUUAUAUUUAUCAUCGUUUACUUGGACACGACGUUGAUGACGUAUUAUUCAGAUCGCACGGUUCUAAACACUAUUCAGCUCCUAAUUUACCAGAAUUGAAUCGAUCACAAGUGUAUGCUGUAAAACAAGCAAUUCAAAGACCCUUGUCUUUAAUUCAAGGACCUCCUGGUACAGGUAAAACAGUCACUUCGGCGACUAUUGUUUAUCAGUUGGUGAAAUUGAACACCGGACCUGUGCUGGUUUGUGCUCCUUCAAACACAGCCGUUGAUCAAUUGACAGAGAAAAUCCAUAAGACUAAUUUAAAGGUUGUACGAGUUUGCGCUAAAUCCAGAGAAGCGAUCGAUUCACCGGUUGCUUUCUUAGCUUUGCAUAAUCAGCUUAGGAAUUUAGAUAGUAACUCCGAAUUGAAAAAGUUACAACAACUUCGAGAAGAAACCGGCGAACUUUCGGCGGCCGAUGAAAAACGAUACAGAGUUUUGAAGAAAUCCGCGGAGCGUGAGCUACUCGAAGCUGCUGAUGUAAUUUGCUGCACCUGUGUUGGUGCCGGAGAUCCACGUCUAGCGCGUAUGAAGUUCCAUUCUAUAUUGAUAGACGAAUCAAUGCAAGCUACCGAACCAGAGUGUAUGGUCCCAACAGUAUUAGGAUCGAAACAGCUCAUUUUGGUUGGAGAUCAUUGCCAGCUUGGUCCAGUCGUUAUGUGCAAAAAAGCUUCAAGAGCUGGUCUUUGUCAAUCGUUGUUCGAACGUUUAGUUGUACUCGGUAUCAGACCAUCCCGUUUAGAAGUUCAGUAUCGUAUGCAUCCGGAAUUAUCGCGCUUUCCGUCCAAUUUUUUCUACGAAGGAUCUUUGCAAAAUGGUGUUUGUGCCGAGGAAAGAAAACUGCCGAAAAUCGAGUUCCCCUGGCCAGCUCCGGAUAAACCGAUGUUAUUCUAUGUAACCCAAGGUACCGAAGAAAUUGCCGGAUCGGGUACAUCGUACUUGAAUCGAACCGAAGCAUCCAGCGUCGAAAAAAUAACCACUAGAUUCUUACGUUGUGGCGUGAAACCGGAACAGAUCGGUAUUAUAACACCGUACGAAGGACAGCGAGCAUAUUUGGUACAAUGUAUGCAGUACCAAGGAGCACUGCAUGCCCGUUUGUACCAACAGAUCGAAGUGGCCAGCGUAGACGCGUUCCAAGGUCGUGAGAAAGAUAUCAUCAUCAUGUCUUGCGUUCGUUCCAACGAUCAUCAAGGUAUCGGGUUCUUGAAUGAUCCGCGACGGUUGAACGUUGCAUUGACCAGAGCCAAGUAUGGUCUUAUCGUGGUCGGAAAUCCUAAAGUUUUGUCCAAACAAACUUUAUGGAAUCAUUUACUCAAUUUCUACAAAGAACAGAAAGUACUAGUAGAAGGACCACUGAGUAAUUUGAAAGAGAGCGCUAUCCAGUUCGCCAAACCCAAACAGAUCGUGAAUUCAGCGAAUCCCGGAUCUCAUUUUAUGUCUACUACCGUCUACGAUGCCAGAGAAGCCAUCGUACCUGGAAGUAUAUACGAUAGAUCCGGCGGUGGUCCUAAUGCCGCUGUUCAUCCGCCGCCACCUCCACAUCCUUUCUUCGCUCGGCCUGGUUUAGACAUGUUUCCUCGUGGUCACGAUCCCAUCAGUUACAUCUCGCCGGAAAGAGCGCAAGCUAUGUCUAAUAUGCCGGUACCUGUUAAUAUGAUUAUGAACUUGAGUCCGAUUCCGCCAAGAUACUACAAUCAGCAGCCUAUUCCAAUGCGUCAAAAGAACGCUCGCAUUCCACUGAUGAUGAGUGGCAAGAAAAAUCCCAAAGGUGUCAGGAACUCGAGAGUUAUGCCAAACGGUCUAAGUCAAGAGAUAACUCAACCGUACAGUCAGAACAUGUCGCAAAACAUGUCGCAGCCCGGAUUCAGUCUUUCGCAACCAGGACUAUCUCAGCCGGAGUUAUCGCAGGAUAGUUACAUGAUUGGCGAAUUCCAUUCGCAGACCGAUGGUAUUUUGUCGCAAGAUUCGUCGUACCAGAUUGACCAAACGACCUCGUUUUAUUCGACUCAGCCGAACCCUCAUUUUUCUCAGGGUUAUUAACAUGAAAACAAAACGCGUGGUACCGAAGCAAUAGAAACGAUUAACGCAGCUGUUAGGAAUGCGGUCGAGUGCUCUUGAUAGCGGAUUACGAUACACGGAAUGUAUUUUGUUACCCCUUCCUCGGAGAGUACACACCAGAAGAAGCGUGUUGAUAUACUAAGCGCGCGGUUUUGCUCGCUGCGCUGUAGUUUGGUUUUAUAAGCGUUCAUUGCUCUAAUCUCGUACACACAAAGAAGGGAAAACCUCUCUGUCGUCUGUUGUUUUUCUCUCAUUCGGUUAUUUUUUUUCUUCCUUUUUUUGGGUUGUUUGACUAACACGAAACGUUGUUGUAUCAUUAAUUUUCAUCACUGGGAAACUGCUACAGAUCGGAACAAAAAAAGCGAAACGUGAUUACUAAUACGUGUUGAUGUUAUUUUACAGUAAUUUAACGUAGAAUGAAAAGAGGUCUUCAUUUACCUCUUUUGUUCAUAAAGCGUUUGAAAAAUACCAGACUGCGUAAACGCUCGCGUGUAAUGAAAAAUUAGUACAGAUUUACUAUAUACUCGUAUUUUCGGUCGGAUUAUUUUAUUUUAUUUUUUUUCGGUUCCGUUGCGAAAUAGCAAAAAGUUGCCGCUUAUUUUCAUCCGCUGUGAAAAAUGAAAGCAACGACGUGCGGUUCUAAAUCGAUGAUUCGUGUUGAGAAAUUGGGUUUUAUACGGUGGAUUAUGUUGGUUUUAAAAAAUACAAAGGUUUUAUAUGGUCAGCUUAUUACAAAGAGUUUAUUUCUCGUCCUUUUAAUUCCUCUCUAUUUUCGUUACGGUGGAAAUAAAUUCUGGGGUGGUAAUAGAAGUUGGAUGUGGUUGCUAUAUGUGCGAGGUGGGUAAUUAUAACAGUGCAGUUUCAAUUUGUUGCAUGCCUACAAUUGUAUAAUUGUUGAGAGUUUUGUUUCCUUAAAAAAAAAAAAAAAUGAAAUAUACAUCUUUUAGCUUGA